AUGCUACUAUGUGCGGCCGUUACGUUCUUGUACUACACGUUCUGGACGCUAUUGCUGCCCUUCUUCGACGAGGAUAGCCCAAUACAUGACUGGUUUCCGGCAAGGGAAUGGGCACUCCGGAUCGUUUCCUUCAUUGUGGUUCUCGGCAUAUCAGCCAUAGGGCUCUUUCUUGGCGUUCGCAUAGUGGUUGACGGUAAAACGAGCGAGCAACGACAAAUGCGUAAGAAAGCGUCGUAA